AAUUAGUAUUGAUUUGCAUAUUUGAGAUUGAGAAGGAGAAGCCUUUAUUGCGAAUGUUAAGGCUUUGUAGAGUUUUUAGAAGACAGUCUAUUGGGUGUGGUGAGGAGUUUAGCCUUACUGAUUUUUUGGCAAGUUUGGCUGGAGAGAUGCAGACGAAGGGCUGGUGAAAGUAUGUUAAAUUCAUAUUCGAUUUAUCUAAAAAUUUGUAGUUUAUUGAGAUUUCUGGUAAGGAAUGUAAAACCUAAGGUGAGGGAUGGAGAUAGAGGGAAAGGUUUGUUGAUUGUCUUGGGUAUAGAGAUGCCUUAUGCUAUUAAGGUUAAGGCUAGUUGGGUAGUCUGGGAGUUCCCUUCUGCUGGGUCUUUAAAGAUGGAUGUAGACGGAGCAGCCAAAGGUAAACCAGGUUGUGCUGGUGGGGGUGUUCUGGUUAGAAAUGAGUGGGGGGGAAAAGUUCUUGCUGCCUCUUUCUAUUAUGGGGUUUGUACUAACAUGGCUGCUGAGUUUAAAGCAAUGUUGGAUGGUUUAAAUAUGUUGAUGAGUUAUGGUUUAGAGGGCUUUCAUGUUUUUAUUGAGUCAGACUCUUUAGUGGUGGUGAAUACUAUUAAGGGUUUGUUUCAAUGUGCUUGGCCAUAUUUGGGGAUUAUGGAGAAAAUUAUGAAGUUGUUGGAUGUCCUAUAUUUUCAGUUGAGACAUGUUUACCUUGAAGCAAAUUUUGUGGCAGAUGGCCUGGCGAAUAAAGCAGUUGAGGAUGGCUUUUCUACUGAUUUUAGUUCAUUACAGUUACCUGCGAUGGUAAAGAUGAAACUUUUACAAGAUCAAAGGUCUUUACCGGUUUUACGUAAGAAAACUGUUCUGAUUUUUGAUGAUGGGGGCUGAGAUUGGUGUUUUUUGGGGGGGACUGCUGCAGUGCUGGAUUUACUGAUGAGGAUUGAGAACUGCUAUGUUUUUUUGGGUCUGUUGAAGCUGCUGGGUUGCUGAGGUGAUACUGCUGUGAUGGUGGAUAUACUGCCAGAGAAUGCUAUUGCAAAUUUUGGUGUUUUUUGACUUUUUCUUGAUUGUUAUGCUUAAGGCAAUAGUU